AUGCAGUUCUCAAUGUCAUCCAUCGUUUUUGCCGCCACUGUGCUCUCGGGGCUUGCUACAGCAGCCAUACCCGCAGUGUGCUUCGAUAUCUGCAACAAUGCCCUGCUGGAAGGCAACGCCGUAGGUUGGAGCAAUGCCCUUUGCAGGGCCGGCAGCGCGUUUAUGCAGUAUAAGAUCGGAUGCAAUCAAUGCAUCGCGGCUAACGGCGGAGGCAAUCUCGCCGGUACACAAUUCGCAAAAGUUGGUCAGUGGUGCAACUGA